AUGACCUCCUCAUCAGUGCCCUUGCACUUGAAAACAGGAAUGCUCGAAGUUGUUGCUAGCUGCAGUCUAGUCUACCUCGAAGAGGUAUCAAACUUUCGCCCUAUGAGAGUCGCUGGUAGACAGGCGCAGUGCUUCGAUGUUGUUGGUCGGAGGCUGUGGUCAAUGAUUGAAUUACUAUCUGUUGUUUUUGUUGGUGUCCGUGUACAGAAGCUCUCGGCUCGGAGCUCAGGUUCAUCUAGCCAUUCCCGAGUUCGCGUGCUCAAGACGAUCGACGCCGUCAAGGCAUUGCACUCUGCACCUGUGCAUCAUUUCACUGCUCUACACGUGAACCCUUUUGUGUCUAUAGUUUCUGCUUUAGCGGUCGAUAGUGGAGUGACACUAGAGGGGUCUUGCGGCAGGCCAGUCGUCGUGUACAAUGACACAGUGGGUGCUGGCAGUCUCGGAGACCCUGGGGCGAAGAUCAACGUGCCUACGGCUUCUGAGAAGUCAGCGAGAACCAAAUCGAGAGCCGAUGAUGAGCAGGGGCUGCAGGAGUUUGGUGUGCGUUCCAAGUGGACGCAAAAUUCUCCUCCAGAGCUCUUGAAGCACUUUCGGAAAGUCGUCCAAAGAGAGCGGGGCGAGAAGUCACCAAGCGCUAGGCAACUGGCUAAGAGCUACCCUUCCACGCCUCGGGUAAAUGAGUCAACAGUCGUGGGCCUCGUUGCACCGCUCCUGUUGUUUGAGGACAAGUUGCACCGCCAAUUUGAUAGUGAAUACCACAUCAUCCGCAAUAAUGGCAUCAGUUACGACCAGCGAUGUAGCAACAAAGUUUAUAAAGCGCAGAGAUGUUCUUUAAUCACAUCAGUGAAGAACUUCAGGGCUUACAUUCUCUUCUGUCUUCCUGAGCGAGGCGCAUAG